AUGGCUGCUCUGCUCAGUAUUGAUGCUGUCUGUCAGGAGUUGAUCAAGCUGGGAGAAAAUUUCAAUCGCCUGAGUAAGAUAGGUACUCCUUUACAAUGUGCUGUUGGAGGCUUUCGUCUCAUCGGUCAUCACGAACCUCCAAUGAGGCCAUUCCCGCUGGGCAGUCUGGCCUUGUAUGACAGGCCACACAGAAGCACGAUUGAGUUGCUGAUCAACGCGGGAGCGGACUGCACACGAGACUUGCCCAGUCAGGCCUACCCCUGGAGUACCAUGGGCGCCUUGGCACUCAAAAGCUCAGAAUGGGCUGAUGAUUUCCAAGUCUUUGCGGCCGUCAUCAGAGGAGGCACCCAGGUGCACGAAGAUGAUACAGCAGUGUUCCGGUUGAUCUGCCGCAACUGGUCUAAGCACAAAGACCAAAAGGCUAAGCGCAAAAUCCAGGAUAUCAUGAAGAUCCUGGAUGCAAUGGUCUCAAAGAAAGAGGGCGAAUCGUUGGCAUAUCUAAAAGCUUUUCAGAAGGUCGUCUCGGAAACCACCGAUAUCGACAUACCGCUGUCCAUCUCGGAAGGCAUCUCGGAUGACAUGCUUGUCCAACAGAUGUGGAAGUCAAUCAACGAAGACAAUUUGGAAACUCUCAAGGAUCAAUCUCAAAGUAACAUAAGAACCAAGGACCUACUGCAGGGUGACGUCUUGACGAAAGUGCUCGACUUCGCUGUUACGUGCUCAGCUGUUAGCUGCUUGGACCACUUGCUCGAAAAUUACCCCGUACCCAACAGCCCACAUGAUUGGAAAAGCAAGGCUGUCCUUCAUUAUUGUGUUGAAGACAAGAAGGAAGAUGUCCUCUUACGAUUAUUGAAGAACGGCGCCGAGACUAAGAGGACCAAUGGAAGAGGAAGCACCAUCUGGCAUCUCGCAGCUUCUAAGGCUACCUCAUCAAGGACAGAACGAGAGUAUGCCUUAAGAACGGUGAACAAAAGUGGUCGUACUCCGCUUGCCAAAGCGCUUGUCAAGAAGCGUUAUCGGAAUGCGUCUAUGCUCGUCAAAUACUGUGGAAAGGAUCACGCGUGCCUGCAGAGCAACCUGCCAUCGAUAUCCGAACUGAUAGCAGGAAUUCAGGAUAGCGCUUUGCUUAAAGAGUUGCAUGACUCCGAAAUAUUCCAAACCUCAGCUAAAGACUCACCUCUAAAUCAUCUCGAAGAUUCCGCAAAUGUAGAAGCGGUUCGCCAACUCCUCGAGAUAUUCCCCUACCCUUGUUCAGAUGAGCAUGAAACACCCUUGAGAUCAUACUUAUCCAAAGACGACUUGAACGCCUGCAACAAAGAAAUUAUAACGCUUCUUGUCCAGAAAGAGCUGGUCGCCUCACCCAGCGACAAGAGCAGCCACAAUCAUUUCACAAAGUCGGCAGAGGCCGAGGCCUGCGAAGUCUUCGAAUUAGUUAAGCUCAUGAUUGAUCUUGGGUGUGUAGGUGAUUAUGAGAAGGCCAAACAGACAUCUGGACUGAAAGAGGUGCUUUCUUUCUUUGAUGUCGUGUCGACGCCUACUCCGCUUACACUUGACCACGAUGCUGUGCUUGCGACAGAAGAGAUAUUCAGCAUGGUUCAUGAUAUCACUACCUUACCACAGUAUUACAAAAGCAGUGGUAUGGAUAUCAAAGUCAUCAAAUGGACCAUUGCUCAUAACUCUUGGCCACUGUUCCGUCGUCUUAUUCAGAUGGACGUUGACGUGCACAAGAGGGACAGAAAAGCAAACUUGUUACAAUAUGUUUGCUCUCACGGCACUGGACUCAUUGGUCAUAGGAUGCUUGUGAGCCUUUUGGAACGAGCUGAAAGAGGUCGUCUGCUGAGCGAGCUGAAUCCCGAAGAGGACCUGAGUCUUUGUCAAGUUGGGAUGUUGACGCAGGGUGGAAGCUCUCAGAGGCCAACUGCAAGUCCCGUGUUCCGCCCUACCAUGUCCCCGAUGAGUACUUUCAGUCAAUCGCCGCAUCUACCUUCAUCCGUUCAAUUAGGACCGGGAGGAUUUGCAGCAUUGAGGAUGCCAGGCGACAACCCAAAGUUCAGCCUACUUCAACGACUACUCGACGAACAAAUCGACUGCGCUUUACUCAGCAAGAGGGGCAAAUUUUCAGCUCUCAGUAUCCAUAUAAGAUAUGGAUAUCUUGAUACGGCACGGCUCUUGCUUCGACGUGGAUCACCAGAUACGCUAUCCACCGCUGAUACUUUUGGGUGGACUCCAGUAGCAUGGGCGUGCGCGCAUGGCUACAGUGAAUUCAUUGACCAAAUGGUUGCAUCCUCCUGCUCCAAACCUAUUUGGAACUUCGAGGUCGAGGUGACCUUGAGUGUCAAAGCAGCUCCUUCAUUCAUCAAGCCCUACCGCGGUCUCAGGGCUCUGCACCUCGCGGUAAUUGCUUCAGUACAGACAGUCACCUUUUUGCUGGAUCGCGCCUAUGUCUCGGACCUCGAAAUUGCUGACGCACAGUUGCGAACGCCUUUACACUUUGCAACAUUCCUUGGUCAGGUUGACACUAUUCGAGAGCUUGUUUCUCGGGGAUCGAACAUCAACGCCAAAGACAAAGACGGAUGGACCCCCUUGCACUUUGCAAUCCACUUUGAGAACGAACAAAUUACUGAUCUUCUGCUGGAACUGGGCGCAUCUCAUAUGAAAACAAAGAAAGGAGAAACACCUCUUGACUUGGCAAUACCCAAGAUCAACCGAUACUUUGCUCAACGAGUGGAAAUCCAUGGAAAGGGCCAUCAUUGA